CCCGAGCUGAUUGGAGGCCAAGCGCCUUCCCCACCCACUGCCCUGCUUCUCUGGCCCCAGGACCCAGAUAAAAAGCUCUGGACAGACUUCGCUUUUCUUCCAUCUGUAUUCGGGAUCCUGCAGAAGCUACCCCAAACAGACAAGCUCCAGAGGGAAGGGAGAAGCCAUGACCGGCAGAGAUGCGAGCUCAGAUGGGAAAACCAAGGGCAAGGCGUUGGUGCCCAUUGGCCCAGGACAUGAGAAGGCUUCUCUCAGUUUACGAUCCAAAGGCUUUGCCAUCAAUGACUUGCUGGGCUUGGAGGCAGAGUUGCAGCCUCCCAGUGGCCCCGGGGCUGGCUCGGGAUGCCAGGUCCCCUCUGGGGCUGGGCUGGGGCCAGGUCCUGGGGCUGGAGCUGGAGUCGGGGGGACCUCUCUUCCCGGGGGCUCCUUGCCCUUAGGGUUGGGCUUCUUCUGUGGCUUCGCAGCGCAGCAGCCCCCGGCUGGUGGGACCCCCUGUCUGCUGCUCACUGACAUCCCCUUCCUGCAGCCCCGGGGACCGGACCCCCAUCACCAGCAUCACGAGCAUCACCAGCGAUACCUGCUGGGCUCUGAGAAGCCCAAGGAAAGCGUUUCGGAUGAAGACAGUCUGUCUGAAGACAAAAAUGAACUGAAGACACCCACAUCACAUAUUAAGAGGAAAAAGCGGCGGCAUAGGACAGUUUUCACUGCUCACCAACUGGAAGAAUUGGAAAAGGCUUUCAAUGAGGCACAUUAUCCAGAUGUGUAUGCCAGGGAAAUGUUAGCUCUAAAAACUGAGCUUCCAGAAGAUAGAAUACAGGUUUGGUUUCAAAAUAGAAGAGCCAAGUGGAGGAAGAGAGAAAAAUGUUGGGGCAGGAGCAGUGUCAUGGCAGAGUAUGGUCUCUAUGGUGCCAUGGUGAGACAUUCCAUACCACUCCCUGAAUCAAUCAUCAACUCUGCCAAGAGUGGGUUGGUGGGCUCCUGUGCUCCAUGGUUACUCGGGAUGCACAAAAAAUCCAUGGAUGUGACAAGGAAAUCAGGAGGUGAAGAAAAGUUAUCAGAAAACUGGAGUUAUGAACACCCAGAGGAAGAUAUGAAAUCAAAGUGCGGAGAGCCCCAGCUGAGCUCUGAAAAAGUCAACCUCAUGGACAGCUCAGAAGACAUUGCUAUUGAUCUCUCCAGGACAGCAAAGCAGGAGAAAAAGAAAGCACACUGAAGGCCUUGGAUCCUGGGAUCAUGUUAGUAAAGACCAUCGCACUAACAAGAAAGGCAAUGAACAAUGGGAAUGAGGAAUGAGGGCGUCUCAGAAGGAAAAUAACUUCCAGUGGGCCUUCCCAAGGCACUUGUGGACAUUACAUAUCUAGCAUUAGAAUUUUUCACAUGUUAAAAAUCACCCAAGAUGAAGUAUAUUGACUUGUUUCUAUUUAUGGAGUCAGGAUCAGAUAGGUCAAUAAAACUUUCUUUCUAAGCUUCAAAGCUGCUAAGGACAAAUUAGUAAUUUAGAAAAACUUCCAAUUACUUUUAGAAUAGAAAGAGUUCAUUCAGUAAAAGCACUUGAGUUGAUUAAAAUGGAGGAAGAUUUUGCUUGAUCUUCAGAGAACUGGUAACAGGAAAUGGUAUAGAGUUUCUCAGGCAUCUUAUUGAUAGCGGGCACUUAACUCAGUCGAACACAUUGUAUGCCAGGAGAUUUGGUCCAAAAUAGCCAUUCUGAAUCUUUAAAGGAGUAUAGGUCUUUAAACGGAGACAAAAUCAACAUAGCCUUAUAGACUACAGGAUAUUCUCCUCAUUUCACUAUGAAUGUGGCUUUGGACCACAUUUUUAUUUCCUGGCUGAUAUGCAAUAAUUUUGUAAACUUUUGAAUGGGAUUUGACAUAACAGAAUUUAGACAAUUCCAAGUUGUAUAAAUACAGCCAUAUUCUCCAUCUCCCUUUUCUCCUGAAAGUAGAAUAUUUUGUGAAAUGGCAU